AUGUGGUCACCGCUGGGAGGCGACGGUGUCCCCAACGAGCGUGGGGAUUGCGGCCCCAGUGCCCCCAACCCUGUUCGCCCUGUGCCCCCAGCCUGCCUGUUCCGCUUCAACGUCCUCUCCCUGGUGUACCUGCUGUACCUCCUGCUGCUGCCGUGGUUCCCAGGACCGGCUGACAUCUCAGGUCACGCCGGCCGCCUCCUCAAAGCUCUGUUGGGGACCAGCCUCCUCUUCCUCCUCGCCCACUUCGUUUUCCAGAUAUGUCUGUACACACUGCCUGCCCUGGACCAGCUGCUGGGGCCCAGCUGCAGCAGCUGGGAAGUCCUCGCCCGGCACAUUGGGGUCACCAGGCUGGACUUGGGUGACCUCCCCAACUCGGUGCGCCUGGUGGCCCCAGACGUCGGCAUCCUGCUGGUCUCAUCCCUCUGCCUGUGUCUGUGCCACCGCCUCGUCCCCAAGGGCAGCACUGCCGCCCGCAGACCGGAGUCCCGGCAGCUCCCUGAGCAGGGGGAAGAACAGGACGUGGAGCGGCGCGGUGGCACGGCAGGCGGGGACACACCGCUCAGCACCAGGCUGCGGGUGACGGCACACUGGUUGCUGUGGGCGGCCGGGAAGGGGUUGGCCAUCCUGCUGCUGGCUUUGGCCGGGAUCACCCUGCCCUCCGCCUCCUCCAGCAUCUACUACCUGCUGUUUGUGGGGCUGUGCACCUGGUGGGCAUGCCACCUCCCCUCCAGCCGCGCUGCCUUCGAUGCCCUCUGUGUCCUCGUCGGUCUCUAUGCUGCUGCCCACCUCCUGUGCCUCUAUGCCUACCAAGCACCCUUUGUGCAGGGGGUCUUCCCGCCCCCCACCAUCUGGGCACGGGUGUUUGGCUUCAAGGACAUCAUCCUGUACAGCAACUGCUCCCGACCCAAUGCCCUGCAGCUCAACACUGACCACCCCUGGCCCGUCUACGCCAAUCCUGGCAUCCUGCUGCUGCUCUACUACACCGUGGCCACGCUGCUGAAGCUGCGCCGCCUGGACGCCAGGAGAUCAGCAGUGCCAGCGCAGCCUCCAGCGCGGGAUCUAGUGGAGCUAGAGAGCUGGCCCAAGGACAGUGAUGGUGUGGCUGAAGACACCAAGCCCAUGCUGUCCUCCAGCACUGGGAAGCGGAGCACAGAGAACUGCACUGUCCACGUCAUGGGUGAUGCCACGCCACUGGGUAAGCCCAGCCCGAGUGCUGCCCCAUCCCUGCCCUGCAGUGGGGCAGAGGCUCACAGCUCCUGCUCCCCUGGCCAGCAUCCGGGCCCGGCCGCGCUGCGAUGGGAGCUCGGGGCUGGGAUGCGGUGCGCAUCGCCCUUCCUGGCUCCGCUCUGUCACGGAUCCGGCGCUCGGCACCCGCGGGCUUUGCGCAGCGGAUCGCAAUGGGCGCAGCCCCGAGGUUCGGUGCGGAGGUGCCCAGGUGUGAGUCGGGAGCUGCGGCACGGCGAUGGGGUGCGGAACCGCCAGGUUGUUGAGUGCGUUUGGAGAACAAAUGCCAAAGAAUGCAGAGAAUGUCACGGGCUGAUGCUUCCCGCUCGGGGUGGGAGCAGCGGCGGUUUCCAGCGCUGCCCCUAUGCCGAGCUGUAG